AUGGCUUCCGCCCCACAGACGGGGCAGAGGGGAAGGCCACGGGUGGUCCAAGACAUGCCUGGCAUCGGUGGGGGCCCAGCGGAGGGGAAGGCUGUGCUCAUCACGGGCUGUGACAAGGGAUUUGGCCACGCCCUGGCCAGGCUCCUGCAUGACAAGGGAUUCACGGUCUUUGCCGGGUGUUUGCUCAGGGACAGAGGCGGCGAUGGGGCCAGGGAGCUCGAGCGCCUGGGGCCGGAGCGCAUGAGAGUCCUGCAGCUCAACGUGUGCAGUGAUGAGGAGGUGGCGCGCGCUCUCGGACUGGUGCGGAAGAACCUGAAGGGGCCAGAUCAGGGUCUGUGGGGCUUGGUGAAUAAUGCCGGCAUCGCCUCCUUUGGGGACGUGGAACUCACCAGUCUCGAGAAAUACCAGGCUGUGGCUGACAUCAACUUGUGGGGGACCGUCCGUGUGACGAAAGCGUUUCUGCCCUUGAUCCGCCGAGCUAGAGGCCGGGUCGUCAACAUGAGCAGCAUGCUGGGACGCAUGGCCAGUCCCCUGCGCUCCUCUUACUGCAUCUCCAAGUUUGGGCUGGAGGCCUUCACCGACUGCCUGAGGCAGGAGAUGUACCACUGGGGCGUGGCCGUCGUCGCCAUCGAGCCGGGCAACUUCAUUGCUGCCACGGGCAUCCUGACCGAGGAGGGCGUCGAGGCCCAGGCAGAGGAGAUGUGGCAGCAGGCCGGCGAGACGGUCCGGGCCGACUACGGCGAGACCUACUUCCUGCAGCAGGCCCGCCGGAUGAGGGCCUUCGUGCACAGCGGCCUGCAGGACAUGUCGCCCGUCCUCGAGGACAUCACCAGCGCCUUGACCUCCCGGCACCCCUACGCCCGCUACAACCCCAUGGACGCCCGGUGGUGGGUGCGGCUGCAGGCCACGGCUCACCUCCCCACGGCCCUGGUCGACUGGCUUUACGGAGAGUAGCCGCAAGCGGGGGGGGGAUCACAUGUGCCCACACACACACACAUGCAGCGGCUCAGAUUCCCUUCUCAGAUCUGCCUCUUCACCCCGACCUGUCACAUCCUGCUGCAUCGCUUAUUAGAAGUCCACACUGCUUGUUUGCAUCGAUUUUUACAUUUUGUAAUCCUUCUUGAGUCUCAGUGAGA